AUGUACUUCUUCCUCGGGAACUUGUCUUGCUUGGAGAUCUGUUACACCUCGACCAUCCUCCCCAGGAUGCUGGCCAGUUUCCUGACUGGGAACAAGACCAUUUCUGUUGUUGGCUGCAUCACACAAUAUUACUUUGUUGGCUUCCUUGCAGGCACCGAGUGUUAUCUCCUGGCAGUGAUGUCUUAUGAUCGGUACCUAGCGAUAUGCAAACCACUGCAUUAUGCAACCCUUAUGAAUGGCAGUUUCUGCCUCCAGCUAGCAGCUGGGUCUUGGAUAAGUGCGUUGCUAGCUAGUUCCACAGUAAUUCUUAUGAUGUUACAAUUAACUUUCUGCGGCCCCAAUGAAAUUGAUCAUUUUUUCUGUGAAUUUACACAAAUAAUAAAUCUCUGCCGCAACGACAUCUACCAAAUGGAGCUUUUAAUUACCAUUCUGUCUGCUUUAUUCACCCUGCCCCCAUUUGCUUUAACUGGGACAUCCUACGUGUGUAUCAUCUCCACCAUCUUGCGAAUCCCUUCCACCACCAGAAGGCAAAAGGCAUUUUCUACCUGCUCCUCUCACCUCAUCGUGGUGACAAUUUUCUAUGGGACCCUGAUCAUUGUGUAUCUGCUACCAAAAAACAACACACUCAGAGACCUCAACAAAGUGUUCUCUGUCUUCUACACAAUUCUGACUCCUAUUGCCAAUCCCUUCAUAUACAGCCUGAGAAACAAAGAGGUGAAAGAGGCUCUGAGAAAAAAAAUGCCAGUAAAUGUGUAA